AUGAGCUCCAGAAAGACGCCAGCGCGCGGCAACGCACCCGUCUACCUUAAGCACUCUAUCACACGUGCUCUCACGCGCUCUAUCAAGGCGCACUCUCAGGGGCACUCUCAGGCGCUCUGUCUCGCGCUCUUUUUCCUGCACGCUUACGCGCAUUUUCUCUCUCACGUCCUGUCUCUCGCGCACUCUCACGCACAUUCCCUCUCUCAAACGCUUUCUCCCGCACACCCUCACAUGCUCCCUCACACGCUCUCUCACUCGCCCUCACACGCGCUUUCUCACGCGCUCUCUCACGCUCUCUCAUCUGCUCUGUCAUGCGCACUCUCACGCGCUCUCUCACGCUCUCUCACGCGCUCCCUCGUGCACUCUCAAGCACACUCUCACGCACUCUCUCUUUCGCUCUCUCUCGCGCACUCUCACCACAUUCUCUCUCUCACGCGCUCUCUCUCACGGACUAUCACACGCCUUCUCUCUCUUGCGCUCUCACGCGCACUCGCACGCGCCCUCUCACUCGCUCUCUCAUGCGCUCUCUCACGCGCUCCCUCACGCGCUCUCUCACGCGCUCUCUCAUGCGCACCCUCACGCGCACUUCCACGCACUCUCUCAUAUGCUCUCUCACGCGCUCUCACGCGCUCUCUCAUGCGCUCCCUCAUGCGCUCUCACGCGCCCUCUUGCGCUCUAUCACGUGCUCUCUCACGCACUCUCUCACGCGCUCUCUCAAGGCGCACUCUCAGGCACACUCUCACGUACUCUCUCUCACGCUCUCUCUUGCGCACUCUCACCAUAUUGUCUCUCUCACGCGCUCUCUCGCGCACUACCACACGCAUUUUCUCUCUCACGCUCUCACGUUCUCACGCGCACUCACACGCGCUCUCUCAUGCGCUCUCUCACGCGCUCCCUCACGCGCUCUCAUGUGCUCACUAA